GUAAAAUAGGAGGUCCUAAAAGUAAAUCCAAAUUUUAACAAAAAAUUCUUAAGCUCGUUUAACAGUAGGUUUCGCCCCUUUCAUUUGACGACCUUUGCCGUGAAGGGCGGCGAUGGUGGUGAUUGUUCCCUGAGCUCUUGUCUUUCAAAGUACAUUUCCAGCGUCUAAAACUCAAUGUGCUUGAAAACCAUGUGUGCUUGUCAAUAAGAGCUUCCUUUUCCUCCAAAUCAGAUGGCUUUUCUAUUUCAGAAAUUUCAAGAGGCUGUGAAAACCCUUGCAAGAAGUCCCACUUUUGCUAGGGAUCCAAGACAACUACAGUUUGAAGCUGAUCUUAAUCGUUUGUUCCUUUAUACAAGACUUGAAUCUCCAGCUACAAUCGAUUGGGGAAGAAUGCUAGUGAAACAGAUGCAGAAGAGAUUAUUGAAAUGGCCAGUAAAGCCUCUGUUGCUGAUCAACAAAUGCUAGUACAAGAAAAUAUUCAUUCUCAAAUUAAAACAUUUUGCACGUUUAUGGAUGAAGUUCUUCUUCCAAAUAAAAACAAGGUGAAUGACGACUACUUUGAGCUCUCUCAACAAGCAAACAUUUCACCUCAACAUAGUGAGCUUAUUUCCGCCAAUGCUAUCCCUAAACAAAGACCGAUUAGCCAAGCCGAACUUUCUCAAAAAUUAAAGGAUGGACUUGGCUUCAAGCUCGAUGUUAAACCUUCCCAAAUAUCUCACAAGGAAGCCGACCAAGGUCUAUUUUUAGACGGUGUAGUAGAUGUUGGCGCCGUGCUAGCCUUGUAUCCUGGUGUAAUCUAUUCUUCAGCUUAUCAUCAUUAUAUUCCUGGAUAUCAUGACGAGCAGAACCCCUAUUUGAUUACAAGACAUGAUGGAACUGUCAUCGACGCCCAACCUUGGGGUCGUGGAGGUGACGAGAAAGAACUAUGGAAUGGUAGAAAAAUGGUAGAUAACAAGACUGAUAUGGUAGUAGUUGAGGAAGGGUCUCAACUAGAUAAUAGUGACGACGCACUCGAGCGUAGAAAUCCAUUAGCCUUGGCACAUUUCGCUAAUCACCCUCCGAAAGGGAUGCUUCCAAAUGUCAUGAUUUGCCCUUAUGACUUUCCAUUGAUUGAAAACAACAUGAGAGCUUACAUUCCUAAUAUAUUAUAUGGAAAUGCAAAAGUAAAUAUGAAGAAAUUUGACAGUUUUUGGUUCAAAUCUAGAGUUUCAAGAAAUAGUGAAUCACAUGUUCCUAUUCUGAAAACUGUUGUUUUGGUAGCAACUAGGGCUCUUCAAGAUGAGGAACUUCUCCUGAACUACAGGCUGAGCAACACGAAGCGGUGGCCUGAAUGGUAUGCUCAAGUGGACGAAGAAGAUAUCAUAGAAAAGUGAACUUAGCCGAUGACUUGAUGGAGUCGCGGUGGCUUAAUGAAGCCAUUUUCUCUUUUCUGUUGUCUUGACGAGCUGUAGCGUCAUUGUUAUUUUUUUUAUUAAUUAAAGUAAUACCAUUUUUUAUCUGUCUUUGGAGAAUAUCUUAUUUUUACCACUAAGUUGUAGUGGUCAUCACUAAUUGUACUUUAUCCCUAAGUAGAAAGAAUGAGGUCAUGAUUUUGAUUCUUUUUUGAAAGUCAAAAUGAACGUCAA